CAUCCCGGCAGGCAUUUCACUUGCUACCGCUGGAAGCUAGUGUUAUCAUCCAAUAUAUUCCGGAUUACCUCAUAUUUUUAAAUAACACCGGUUUGUCGCCAGGGGAGGUUUACAUUUACAGACCUUACGGAAGAUGGUGGCCAAACAGAGGAUCCGAAUGGCGAACGAGAAACACAGCAAGAACAUCACGCAGAGAGGAAAUGUGGCCAAGACGCUGCGACCACAGGAGGAAAAGUAUCCAGUGGGCCCCUGGUUGCUCGCCCUCUUUGUAUUUGUUGUGUGUGGAUCAGCCAUAUUUCAGAUCAUCCAAAGUAUCCGUAUGGGAAUGUGAUCCAGAGACAGCACCUUGACUUGCUUCAAGCACCUACUGAGCCUGGCCAGGGUACACACCUGAUUUAACCUUAAAAAAAAGGGCCCAGAGACAGCCAUCAGGCCUCAGAGAGAGUGCAAAGCUGCCCCCGUACAUUUACUGCCACCACCGCCCGUCAUUCGCAUUUGCAGUGUUGGAGUCUGUGGUGCUGACAGCUUUUCUAUGGACAGUCUAAAACCACGCCGACUGUGUCUUGUUAACGCACUUGGCUCUUAACUGUGAGAAUGUGUGCACAUGUUUGUGUGAGACUGUUUAUGCACAUGAGUGUGUCCAGAGAUUCCUGCUGACGAUGUGCCAUACUUGCCUAUUGCAGUAUUCAUCUGUCUUGUGUUCUAAGAAGGCUCUUUUUACUCUAUUAAAUGGUGAGCAUUUA